CAAAAGGAUAGUGAGGAGUCCAAUGUAAAGAGAUAGCUGGCAGCUUACUUGUAAUAGCCUACAUUUGUUCUGUUUUCGGCGCUGCAGAAGCUUUUGGAGCGUUAUUCUCAUUAUUAAUUACACAUAAAGCAGGAGGCGUCUGUUUGCAUUUAGUUGUAUUUUCUGUGUUGAGAGGACGAUGCCUUUGAGGACCGGACUUUUUCUCCUGAUGGUGCUGAACGCAUCUGCAUAUGAACUGGAUCAAAACGAGUCUUAUUCGCCCAGGAGAGCACGCUUUUCUGCCAAUAGCCCUUCAGAUGUGGCACGCUGUCUCAACAGUGCCCUCCAAGUUGGCUGCGGAGCCUUCGCCUGCCUGGAAAACUCAACUUGUGACACAGAUGGCAUGCAUGACAUCUGCAAGUCCUUCCUAUAUAGUGCUGCUAAAUUUGACACUCAGGGUAAAGCAUUUGUGAAGGAGAGCCUUAAGUGCAUUGCCAAUGGCAUCACCUCGAAGGCAUUCCCCACCAUCCGCCGCUGCUCCACCUUCCAAAGAAUGAUAUCUGAAGUCCAAGAGGAGUGUUACAGCAAGCUGGAUAUCUGCACUGUUGCCCGAUCGAAUCCAGAUGCUAUUGGUGAAGUGGCACAGCUACCAAGUCACUUCCCCAAUAGGUUUUAUGGUAAGCUGCUACAGAGCCUGAUGGACUGUGAUGAGGACACGGUGGACCGCGUUCGGACCAGCAUGGUGUCGCGGCUGGGCCCAGAGAUGACCAUGCUUAUUCAGCUGCUGCAGAACAAGCCCUGCCCAUCCACUGCUGUGGCUGCAGCUGCCGCCAUCCCAACUGGAGUGGAGGGCCGUGGGAGCUGGCGCUGGUCCAUGGGUCCCCAUAUGUACAAGAUCCAGCCUAAUCUGCGAAACAGAGACUCUGCCAGUCAUUUUGGCAAAAAGCGCUCUGCCAGUGACAGCUCCUAACUUCCACUCAGAUUCAGAAACUCCACACACUCCUCAAAACAUCACGAAAGCUCCUCUAUUCCCUAGGGGUGAUAAAAUACAUUCCUCCGCUAGACUGGAAGUUACAGAAAUAUGCACCUCUAGGGAAUGCCGGAACGCCCAUAGAGUUGAUAUCAGAGUUUGAUUGUUGUUAUAUUGUAUAUCCUACACUUUAGGCUUGAGAGAACCCCCCCUUCCAUCAACUGUUUUCAAACGUGUCCACUCACAGUUAGUGUUGAACAUGUGGCUGUUGCAUCUGUGCAACAUGGUCCUGCUCACUCCUCUUCACCUCCUCCAACAGAGAUGAAUCCCUAAGAUGUCUUUUGAUGCCAAGCCAAAAAAAAACAAAAAAAAAAACAAAACAGCCAUAGUGGUUCACGCCUCUAGAGCAGCUUUUAAAGUCCGUACUUUAAAAGACAAAAACACAAUCUCAUAAUCCUGACAUUUGUUCAUGAAUAGAAAUCAGUAGUUGGAUUAUUAUUAGUUCAUUGAUAGGAAUGGGAAAUUAUUGGUAGAUGUAUCUAAUAUUUCAGCGAUGAGAGCAGUCAAAUUGUGAGCAUGAGAUGUGGAAAUGAGUUUCAUAUCUAUUUUCUGACACUAACAUAACAGAUAAAUGUACUGUAUACCAAGUUAUCUGAGAGAGCCAUAGCCAGCCCUCUAAAAGAGAGUGCUCACACGGAGUGAGGUCUGUAGAGGUUUCAUGAUAACCUUUGAGAGCUUACCUUAAACUGACCAAAAAAACUACAAACUGCCCUGAAUGCUAUUCAUGAAAUACCAAAAUAGUGUAUAUCUAUAGCACUUAUAAUUGUUUUGGGUUUUUUUCUGAUGGCAGAUGUCGCCAUGGUCAUGUGUUUCAAAUCAUCAUCCUGCACAUAAGGAUUGUCCAGGUCAUGGCCAAGUCUAACUAUCAGAAAAAGUCAAUUUUGCAUAUCUUGUAUCCAGACACUUGUAAUGCAUAUGACUGUUGAGGUCCACAGCAUACGUGGGACCAUUUCUAGUGGAAUCUGCAUCCAUGUUCUUAACUGAGCGUGAAGCAGUAGUGUAUGUGCAGUAGCUGAUUAGCACGUUCACCGAUGAGACUGAGAGCAGCCAUCUUGUUGGACUGAUGAUCAUCAUUCUCUGAGGUGAAUAACGUGACAUACACACUGGCUUCCAGUGUCAAGAUUGAGAAUGACUAUUUAAAAAAGCCUUGUUGGAAUGAUAUUUAUUUUCCUACUAUAUUAUUUAAUGUUUUUUUAUGCAUUAUUGUAGUUUUAAUUAGUUUACAGAUUUAAAAAAACAGUUCAGUCAUGGCUCCUAUUUGAACAUGAGCUCUAUGCCAAAAAAGUGAGCUGACACUCUGGUGACUGAAUGGGACCCAUGUCAUGACUCUGUGCUGGCCAUAGGGGAACAAGGUUGGUCAUUCAAGUCAGGUGAUCUACUUUAUGGGUGUUACAAGGGACCACAACAAAACAAUAGCUUAAUUUUGACACACUUUCUGGUUGAAAAAAAGGUUGUCAUUGCAGCUGCUAGAUGCACUUGUUCAGUGCACAUUAUUGAAGAUUGACCAGGUAUAAUGACAGUAAAACAAACACCAGUAUCAAGCACCCUCAUUGGGAAGUUUUUUUGAUGGUUCUGCAGUAGUUAAUAUAGGUUGAAAUUAAUUUUCCUUAAAGCUGGAGUGUGGAACUUUUGCCCUUCUGGCAGUGAGAGCAAUUACACAAACACUGUCGACGCAUGCCUACAGUGAGCUAGCCCCAGGCUUUUGUUCAGAAAUAGUUACAAAAAUACAGAAAAAUGUCC